CCGGCUUCUCUCCCCGCAUCCCCCCAGGUGUUCGCGGCCAUGGGCAGCUACGACCUGGGCUGCUCGCCGGGCAGUGGGGCCGACGCCCUGGGGGUCUUCGAAGACGCCGGCCUGGCCCUGCGCGUGGGGGGGCUGGAGAGCCCAGUGCGCAGCGGGCACAGCUGCGGCCAGGACGCCCCCCGCAGGAAGCGCUCGCUGGACUUCCUAGUGCAGGCCCAGAAGAGGGCCGCGCGGUACCAGGGCGACCCGCGGGCUCUGCGCUGCUGCCGGGACGGGAUGACCCAGGUGCCGAUGCGCCGGACGUGCGAGCAGCGAGCGACGCGGAUCCAGGGCCCCGACGCCGACCGCUGCCGAGUCCCCUUCCUCGACUGCUGCAAAUUCGCCACCGAGCAGCGGCGCAAGGCCUGGGGCUCCGGCGGGCUGGCCCGGGUGAACCCCGAGCGGGACGAGGACGAGUUCUUCGACGACGACUCUGUGCAGACCCGGAGCGUCUUCCCCGAGAGCUGGCUCUGGAAAACCCUCACCGUGCAGGGGAGCAGCCGGCAAACCCACCUGGUGCCGGAUUCGAUCACCACCUGGGAGAUCCAGGCCGUCAGCAUGUCGCCCACCACCGGGAUCUGCGUCUCCGACCCGCUCAGCGUCCGCGUCUUCCAGGAUUUCCACCUCUCGCUGCGGCUGCCCUACGCCGUGAAGCGCUUCGAGCAGCUGGAGCUGCGCCCGGUGCUGUACAACUACCGGGAUCGGCCCGUCAACGUCUCGGUGCACAUGGAGCGCUCCGAGGGCAUCUGCUCCCCGGCGACGGGGGACCGGGUCCGGCGCCAGGCCGUGCAGGUCCCGGCGAAGGGGGCUCUGGCCGUGCCCUUCACCGUGGUGCCCAUGGGCGCCGCCGACAUCCCCAUCACCAUCACGGCGCAGGGGGGCUGGGGGCUCGGGGACAGCGUCGCCCGGAGCCUGCGGGUGGAGAGAGAAGGCACCGCCCAGCUGGAGGAGAUGAGCUACUCGCUGGAUUCCGAAGAGCGGCUCAGCCGGGCGCUGGAGAUCCCGGGGGAGCUGCCCCCCAACGCCCUCCCCGACGGGGACUUCAAGAUGAGCGUCCGCGUCACGGCCGACGAGCCGGUGGAGACGCUGGAGAAGUCGCUCUCGCCCGCCGGGCUGGUGGGGCUGCUGCGGGUGCCGCGGGGCUGCGCCGAGCAGACCAUGAUCUACAUGGCGCCCGGGCUCUACGCCAUGCGCUACCUGGACGAGACCGAGCAGUGGGCCCAGCUCCGCGCCGAGCGCAAGCAGGAGGGGCUGGAGCACCUGCGCGUGGGCUACGAGCGGAUCCUGACCUUCCGCAAGGCGGACGGGUCGUACGGCGCCUGGCUGCACCGGGACAGCAGCACCUGGCUGACGGCGUUCGUGGUGAAGGUCCUGGCGCUCAGCCGGCAGUACCAGGACGUGGACGCUGCCGGGAUUCGGGAGUCGGUCACGUGGCUGCUGGGAAACCAACAGACCGACGGCUCCUUCCGCGACCCCCACCCCGUCAUCCACCGGGACAUGCAGGGCGGCGUCGGGGGGCAGCAGGGGGGCGUCUCGCUCACGGCGUUCGUGGUGGUGGCCCUGAAGCAGGCGCUGGCGCUGUACGAGGAGCAGGAGGCCGACCCGGAGCUGCAGAAGGAGACGCAGGAGCAGCGGGCACGCGUGAGGAGCAGCCUGUCCCGGGCCACGCGGUACCUGGCGGCAGCGCCGGAGCAGGGCCGGGCCCCCUACCCGGCCGCCAUCUCGGCCUACGCCCUGUCCCUGGCCUCCGACGACGCCGGCGCCAUCGGGGCAGCCGACCGCCGGCUCCGGGAGCUCGCCCUGCGGGACAGCGAGGGGACCAUGAUGUUUUGGGCAGCGGAGGAGGGUGGGGCCACCUCCGCUUCGGCCAUCUCGGUCGAGACCACGGCCUACGCGCUCCUGCACCUCGUGCUGCACAACGACCUCGCGACCGCCAAGAAGGUCGCCCGGUGGCUGACGGAGCAGAAGAACUACGGUGGCGGCUUCAAAUCCACACAGGACACGGUGGUGGCACUGGAUGCCCUCUCCCAGUACUGGAUCAACACCUACACCCCCGAAGGGAACGAGCUGGAUUUAACUUUCUCCAGCCCUGGCAGAUCAGGCACCAAGAAAGUGAUUCUCGACCGCUCCCAGAACCACAUCCAGGAAGAGCUGCAGUUCUCCCUGGGCGACAACCUCCGAGUGAAGGUGGAAGGGAAAGGAAAGGGGACUCUGACUGUGCUGAAGAUGUACAACGUGCUGGAGCUGCACAACAGCUCGUGCCAGAGCCUGGGGCUGGAGGUGACGGUCAGCGGGGACGUGCGCUUCGAGGUGGACGAGGAGGACUAUGACUACGACUAUGGGGGGGAGGCCCCCGCGGCCGAGGCUCCGCUCCACCCCAUCCACUGGUUCGACGCCCGGCGCCGGCGCCGCAGGGAGGCGGCUGAUCCCGGCCAGCGCAACAAGGACGUGGCCUAUUCCGUCUGCAUCUGGAGGAAGCCGGGCUCCCGUCUCUCCGGCAUGGCCAUCGCCGACAUCACCCUGCUGAGCGGCUUCCAGCCCCACGUGGACGACCUCGACAAGCUGAAGGACCUGGCCGAUCGCUACAUCAGCCACUACGAAGUCCAGGGCCAGAGACUCCUGCUCUACUUCGAGACGGUGCCCCAGGAGCGGGACUGUGUGGGGUUCCGGGCCGCCCAGCCGGUGCCCGUGGGGCUGCUCCAGCCGGCCAGCGCCAGCCUCUACGACUUCUACGAGCCAGCCCAGCGCUGCAGCAUCUUCUACACGGCCCCGGCCCGGAGCAGGUUCGUCUCCGCCCUCUGCUCCCAGGACGUCUGCCAGUGCGCCGAGGGCGCCUGCCCGCGGCUCAGACGGACCCUGGAGGACCAGGUGACGGAGGCCAAUCGGACCGAGUUCGCCUGCUACAGCCCCCGGGUGCAGUACGGGUACGAGGUUCGGGUCCAGCAGGAGGAGGAGCUGAGCGGCUUCCGGGCCUACGAGGCCGAGAUCCUGGAGCCCCUGCAGUUCACGGAGGACGUGGGGCUGAAGGCCGGGCAGAGCCGCCGGUUCCUGGUCCGGGGCUCGUGCCGGACCCGCCUGGUGCCGGGCAGCCGCUACCUGGUGAUGGGGCAGGACGGGGAGACACUGGACCCCCAGGGCCGGCGCCAGUACCUGCUGGACGCGGCCGCCUGGAUCGAGUUGCUGCCGGAGCCCAGCCGGUGCCGGGCCACGGCCCAUCGGAACCUCUGUGCCCAGCUCCGCGCCUUCGCCCAGGGCUACGGGCAGAACGGCUGCCGGGUCUGACCCCCCCGGGACCCCCCCGGACCUGGCUCGGACCCGCCCCCUCCUGGAACGACCCCCAGAUUGGAGCCACGCCCCCCGGCCCGGCCCCCCAACCCUGCAGCUGAUUGGAAUAAAACAUGGUUCCCCCGA